AUGAACAGUGUUGAAAGCUCGAUAACGGUUAUCCGUACCUCGUCUGUUUUCACAUUCUCCGCUUCCCACGACCUUGCAGUGUACAUCAUCCGCUUUCGCGCACUCCCCCCAGUAGUCGCGUACACGGGCUCCCUCCUGGGCUUCCCUUCCACGGCUCCGCGCAACGGCUACUCCGCUGCAACAGCCGCUACCCCGGAAGAUUUUGCUGACGAGAUUACGGCGAGGUCAACUGGCUUGACGGGCGCGGCGGUCAGCCCUGACGUGAGUGACAAUGGCAAGGCUCCAGCAGGGCGGCUGGACUCGGGGGCGGAGCACGUGCGGGCGUACGCGCAGCACCUGGACCGCAUGCACGACACCGUGCUCGCCGAGGCCGGCGUGCAGCCCCUCACGCACAAGCUCUACAGCUUCAGAUACGUCACCAAUGGCGUCGCCGUGCGGCUAACCCUGCGGCAAGCGGCGUUACUGAAGCGGCAUCCAGCCGUGGGCUCGCUCAUGGAGUCGAAAUUCCUUGAGGCGCGUACCACGUUCACUCCAUCGUUUCUUGGGUUGAGGGACGGGGUAUGGGAUCGUCGGCCCAUCCCUGCAUCCACACCUGGGGCACUGCAAUGGCUCGCCGCGAGAGGUGCCAGGGGGGCGGGCGGCGAUGGGGGCACUCGGGCUAAAGCAGUGCGAGAAGCACAAGGAGCAGCGCCGGCAGCGCGCACCGCGAGCGCGGAACCCUCGCAAGAAACGGACGGUGCUGAGCAGUGGGUGGGAUUGGAAACAGUGGACGGGGUGAUGGGCGCGGAGGUGGGGCAGCGGCUGAACAGCAGCACAUCCCGGGUGGGUACAACUAGUGGUACAGGAAGUGCUGACAUAGAUGCGCGAAAGUAUGGGGUGCGGGCUGGCAGAAAGCGGGGUGGGAAGCGCGUAGACACUGGUCUGCGCGGGGAGAAUGUGAUCAUAGGCGUUAUCGACACGGGCGUGUGGCCGGAAAACCCCGCCUUCACCGGGAAGGUUCUUCCGCAUUACGGGCGCAUUCCACGUCGGUGGCGCGGGUCUUGCACGGUCACCAAGGACUGGCCGAGCGGCGCGUGCAGCCGCAAGCUGAUCGGCGCCAAGGCGUUCUUCAAGAGCAUGCAGGACGACGUCGACUGGAGCGUCGAGUACCCGUCGGCGCGCGACGUGCACGGCCACGGCACGCACACGGCCAGCACGGCCGCCGGCAACGACGGGCGCACGGCGGUGCUGCGAGGCGUGCGGUUUGGAUCGGAGAGCGGCAUGGCGCCCAGAGCGAGGAUCGCCGUGUACAAGACGCUAUGGACGUUGAAGGACGGCGGUGCGGUGAGCGCGGAGGCGGACAUCGUGGCGGCCAUCGAGGCGGCGGUGGAGGACGGCGUGGACGUGCUGACCAUGUCGCUGGGCGGCCAGGCGUCGCUCUUCGACGUCGACCAGCUCGCCUUCCUACACGCCGCGCAGGCCGGUGUGUUCGUGUCGGUGCCGGCGGGCAACAGCGGGGCGGCCAUCGAGAAGCAGUACUUCACGUGCACGCUGGACCACCCGGCGCCGUGGUACACCACCGUCGCUGCCAGCUCGCACGGGCGCAACUACAGCACGGCCGUGACCAUCGCGGGCAGCACGUUCGUGGGGCGAUCGCUAGUGGGCGGCAAGGGCACGGCGCUGAGAGCGGGCAUCAUACUGGGGUCGGACGCCAACAGGCCGGGCGCGUCCAGAAAUGCGGCCAACUUUUGCGAGCGGGGCUCGCUGGACCCCGCCAAGGUGCGCGGUAAGAUUGUGGUGUGCACGCGCCCCAGCACGCAGGGCUCGCACUCCGCGCGCACCUUCAACAUCAGCCGCGCCGCCAAGGCGGCGGGCGCCGUGGGCGUGGUGAUCGCGAACCAGGACCCGGGCGACAGCACGGCCGCCAUGCUGCACGACCUGCCCGCCUCGCACGUGGACGCGGACGUGCGGGCCAAGCUCAUCGCACUCGUGAAGGCCACGGCAAGCCCCAUGGCGUCGCUGUCGGCGCUGUUCAUAGCGCACUCGCCGUCGCCCACGAUGGCGUGGUUCUCGUCCACGGGCCCCAGCACGGACCCCUACCAGACGUUCGACGCCGCCGCCAUGGGCAGCAACCUCAACGACGUGGUCAAGCCCGACCUCACGGCGCCGGGCGUGGAGAUCUGGGCGGGGUGGACGCAGUCGCCCUUUCAGGUCACCGACAUGGGCGUCACAGACGCUACGAGUGUGCGACCGGGUGCAGUGACGGCGCAGAUGGUGAGCGGCACGUCCAUGUCCACCCCACACGUGGCGGGCAUCGCAGCACUGAUGAAGCAGCAGCACCCCGAGUGGAGCCCGUUCGCCAUCAAGUCAGCGCUGCAGACCACGGCGUACACGGUCAACAGCGCCACCGCGCCCAUCGCCAACGAGGACGGCCGCGCCGCAAAUGGCCAUGCCAUGGGAUCCGGACACGUCUUCCCUGCUCGCGCCAUGGAUCCAGGGCUGGUGUACGACAGCAACAUGGUGCAGAUGGUGCAGUUCCUCAUGGCCGUCGACCCCUGGGAAACCAAGCAGACCAGCGCCUACACCUCCCUGCCUGCACGCUUGCGCACCGCCAUUCCUUCGUACAACGUCAAUCUCCCAAACAUUGCUGUGAGCAGGCUCCAGAAGCAAGCGGUGGUCACGCGUGUUGUCAAGAAUGUGGGCUCAGUGACGGCAACUUACAAGGCAACUGUGGUGCGCCCGAAAGGAGUACGGGUCAUUGUAAGCCCUGCAGAGUUUACCAUAGCCCCUGGCCAAUACAGCAAGUAUACUAUCACGUUUUUGGUGCGGAGGCCGAGCAAUCACUUCAAGUUCGGCAGCCUUGUAUGGACGGAUGGAGUACACACUGUACGUUCAGUGUUGGCUGUUCAACCUCUUUCCCGCUGA